AUGUUGGAAGGUAAUGUCAACGUGUACACGAUGGACCAUCGUGGGACCGGACGAAGCACUCUGUUGGAUUGUCUCGCAGCUCAGGUGACAACUUUCGGCUCCCCAUGGGGAGACGCGAUUGGCAUCUCAGAAGUAGGCUCGUGUGCCAACGCGCUGGAAAACGAGUAUGGUGAUCUCGCAUCUUUCUCGAUGACGAGUGCUGCCACGGAUAUUUCCACAUUUAUUACUGAGCACUCGAACGGAGCGAGUACCAUCAAGUUUGUUCUCGAUAGUGUCGCUAUAGCUUCAGGGGCGGGGCCCAAUAAUUUCCCGUUCAUAUCGAAAUGGGACAUGGAUUUUGGUGAAGUUGGCGAUGCCUUUCUGAAGCUUUGUGCCCGUGAUCGCGAGUGCAGCUCUCACUUUAGUUCAUCUGGACUUUUCGGCACGCUGCAAGAUGUGAUCAAUCAGUUCGACAGGAAUCCCAACUCGACCUGUGCUGCAUUGGUGACGGAAGCUUAUAAGGAACAGAGCAGUGACCCCCCUUCACUGAUUUUGCGCCGUGCACUGGGGAAUCUGCUACCGGGUUCGAUGGAUCGGAAACUGAUCCCUCCAAUUGUCUACAGAUUAAAUCGUUGUGAAGCGAACGAUGCUGAAGUUUUGACGAACUUCUUCGCGACUCUCAACUCAGUUCUCUCCGAAACAUCUCCGGAUCAGGUUUACGAAUCGUCACUGCUCAAUUACCUCAUUAUCUACUCCGAGCUUUGGGAGACCCCAACUCCUUCUUUCAUUGAGCUGCAACAGCGUUUUAAAAGCACAAGAAUGUCCGACGUUGGGAUAUACGAUACUGGGAGGCGAUAUUGCGCUUUUACCAAAGAGGACUCGGAAACGUGUAAUCAAGAGAGUAGCAGCAAUUAUUCGGGUAAUGGUAUCGUCUACCAGCGCGAUGAGUAUUGGAACAAAAGUGCCACGAUCCCGAUUCAAGCCAGUGUUUUGCUCAUGCAGGGUACACUGGAUCCCAAAACACCGCCCAAGUACGCAGAUUACCUGCUCGAAACGCUGAAGGUGAUCGAUCCCACGAGUGAAACCUGCGGUAUGAAGAUUCUCGCGUCAUAUGUGCGCAGUGAAGGUGAUUUAAGUCGUCUGGACAAGUCAUGCGUGAACGCAAGGGCUUCAUUCAAUUGGACUGCAAAUGAAUUCCGUGUACUGAAGUACCUGGGCACAAACGAUGCUUAUGAUGGCAAAUAUUUGCUGUCUCAACAUUCGAACGAGGGAAUUGGGAGUGGCGAGUCGGGAUCUCAAUGA